AUGGCGAGGAGUCGUCAAAUGUCCGCGGCCAACCGCGAUGCUAGCCGCAAUGAGAGACAACUUCCCCCAUUUCCCACAAAGCAGAUAAUAUGCGAGCCUAUCGCAUUCAUGUCAAUCUUCCCCUACAUCUACUACAUGAUCCAGGACUUCAACAUCACCGAUGACACCAACAAGAUUUCAGUAUACGCCGGCAUGGUCACUUCUGCCUUCACAUUGGCCGAAUUCUCCACUGGUGUUCUUUGGGGACGACUUAGCGACAAGAUUGGCCGAAAGCCCGUUCUUCUCUUUGGACUUCUAGGAACUGCUUUGAGUGUAUUGGUUUUCGGCUUUGCUCCCAGCCUGCCCGUUGCUCUGUUUGCCCGCGCCCUCGGUGGUCUUCUCAAUGGCAACAUUGGAGUGCUCCAAACUACUGUUGCCGAGCUUGUGACUGUCAAGGAACAUCAGCCACGUGCUUAUACUAUCAUGCCCAUGGUGUGGUGCAUUGGAUCUAUCGUUGGACCCAUGAUUGGAGGAGCUCUCGCUCGACCAUGCAUCAGCUACCCCGAGAUCUUCGCCCGUGGAACCAUCUGGGACCGAUACCCUUACCUCCUCCCUAACCUUUUCAGCGCCUGCACUGUUUUCUUCGGUGUCAUCAUUGGACUUCUUUUCCUCGAUGAGACCCACUCUGAGAAGAAGAACCAGCGGGAUCGUGGUCGGGAGAUGGGAGACUACAUCGCCAGCUGGUUUGGUAGUGUCACCAAGUGCAACGGACGAGACCGCGCUCCUGAGAAGCAGGCUCUUCUUGAUGGAAAGCACCAUGCCCAGUAUCUUUCUACCGCUCCCCGACCUGGCUCUGCGCAUUCCGAGGAUGAGGCUCUCCCUGCUUAUCGAAGCCAGGAGAACUCGCCCCGACUCUCACCCCAGGCCGACACCCAAUCUCUGGUUGACGCCCCAUUGGAGCCUGUUCUUGAGCGCAAGCCCACCAAGACUUUCACCAAGCCCGUCAUCAUGAACAUUAUCUCUUACGGUAUUCUCGCAUUCCACACCAUGACUUUUGACCAGCUUUUCCCCGUUUUUCUGAGCACCAAGCGACCCGAGCACCCUGUUCACGACCUCCCCUUCAAGUUUACCGAUGGAUUCGGACUCGAGACUAAGAUGAUCGGUGUCAUCAUGUCUGUUCAAGGAUUGUACUCGCUUCUCUCCAACUACCUCAUCGUGCCACCUGUUACUCGACGACUUGGUUCUCUCCGACUUUUCCGAAUGCUCGCUUUCUCGUACUUUGCGCUUUACUUGGUCACGCCCUACCUGGUGCUCCUCCCUGACUCGAUGCGAAUGCCAGCUAUCUACCUCCUGGUCAUCUGGAAGUGCACCUUCUCCACCAUGGCCUACCCCAGCAACGCUAUCCUGCUUGCCAACUCAGCACCCUCUAAGCAGGUCCUUGGCACGAUCAACGGUAUUGCGGCGUCAACUGCCAGCUUGUGCCGAGCUCUCGGCCCCACAUUGUCUGGACUGCUGUACUCUUGGGGUCUGCAGACUGGAUACUCUGGACUAGCUUGGUGGUUCAGCGGACUCAUCACCAUUGUUGGAGCUUACCUUAGCUCUCAAAUCACUGAGGGCGGUCCUCAGGAGGAGACAACACUGCCAGAGGAGGAUCCUCUUAUGGACGAAAGUCUUUUCACCGAUUACGACGAGGAGAACAGCGUUUAA